CCUCACCCGCCGGUGGCCUGCACGGCGGUAGUGGUGGGGGUGCGGCGCUGGUGGGGGAGGCUCUGCGCAGCCGCCUGCGCGCCCACUGCCUGGGCCUGGCACGCAGGCUGCCGGCGGGAGGGGAGGCAGCGCCGGCGGCGAGGAGGGCGGCGACAGACGCGCUCCGCCUGGCCCUCCAGCUGCAACUGCCAGUCGAGGAGUUGUUGGAGGCUGUUAUGCCGCAGCAGGUAGCCGGGGCAGCAGCGGAAGCAGGAGCUGCAGUAGCAGGACAGGGAGCAGAUACCGCAGCAGCGGCAGCAGCCGCUGGCGCCGUGUUUUACGAGAACUUCAAGGCGAUCGUCAACCGCGCCUUCCUCUUCCACGCCGAC